AUUUAGGAAUCCUACUGCCAGCCACGCAGUUAGGUACUCUUAGGAGGACCUGCUGAGCAUGCGUAAGGAGCACUGCGCAUGCUCUGUGGCGUGGUCAGGUUUAGCCAGGACCAGCUCUUUGCUUGCCGACUGUUUGCCCGCCUACCCAGCGCAGAACGCCCCUCCCAGUCUUCCGGACCCUGGGAGUAGCGCUUCCUGCAUGCCACAUCGCUCCUCACCUCCUACCUCCACCCCCCACCCCUACUUCACUCCAGCACCACUCGGGGCUGGGAAACCUGCAUUUACGAGAGUGUGAUUCCACAGCGCCUCUGCGGCCGUGGGUUCCAGGCGCCGCACAGCAGCGGUCGGGGACCACUGUGGUUUCUCUUUUGAGGUACCUGCUUUUGCCGAGGCCAGCAGAAGUCCAGCGGCAGUCCUGGUCCUACAAGAAGACCAAGCACGAGCCAGCUCACCAGACAAAAUGCAUGCUGGUGCUGGGGACAAGCAGCUUCUUUUCGAGUGCUCCUGAAGUGGAGGUGCUACCAUUCGCUCCUACCGAGACCAAGAAAUGGAGGUGGAGGCAGUGUCAGCUUGAGCUUUACCAAGAGACUAUCUGCACUUCUUGAAGUCUGCAGAAGCAGAAACAGAAGGGAGAAGAUGAAAGCAAUUUUGUCAGCUGCUACAGCCUGUUUGGUUUCUCCUUCUGGGAAGCCCUUAGACUUACCAUCAGGAUGCUGGCCCAACUUUGGGUGGUAGAUGUAUGGAAAUUGGUCAUGUCUACUUACUUCUGUUUGACUCGUUGCCUUGGAAAGGGCCUCCCGCGGGUUCUCCUUCCGUUCUUCCUGGCAACUUCCGCUCUCCACCCAGCAACAAGGACGCAGCAACUCCCAGCCCGGCGGCCGCUGAGCAGUCGCUGAAGCUACCCCGUCCACCCCACCUCCACCCCUACCCCUUCCCCCUCAGUGGCCACUGGGCAGCCUCUCAGCCCUCUGGUUCCGCGCUCGCCCGCCCGGCACUACGUGGGUGCGGGUCUCCGCAGUCUGGGCUCAACUUCCUGAUAUGGGGGGCGGAGGAGCGGCCUGGCGCUAGGCGGCGGCCGCUCUGCCCGCGCUCACCUCUGUGAGGUCAUUGAGUCCCGGAAGAGGCUCCAGGGCCGCAUCUCAGGCGGUUACCCCGAGCCAGGCUGUGCGCCGCCAUGGCCCCAGUGCAGCUGGACAACCACCAGCUCAUCCCUCCUGGCCGCGGAGGUGGCAGAGGUGGCGGCGAAGGCAGCAGCAGGGACUUGGUGUCUGCCCCGGCUCCCCCAUCGCCCGGAGCCAUGGCGGUGGCAGCAGCCUCCGCGACUACCCCUGGAUACCGGCUUAGCACACUCAUCGAAUUUUUGCUGCACAGGGCCUACUCAGAGCUUAUGGUGUUGACGGACUUCUUGCCAAGGAAAUCUGAUGUGGAAAGGAAAAUAGAAAUUGUACAGUUUGCUAGCCGGACACGUCAACUCUUCGUUCGGUUAUUAGCUUUAGUAAAAUGGGCCAGUGAUGCUGGCAAAGUAGAAAAGUGUGCGAUGAUCACAAGCUUUUUAGAUCAUCAAGCCAUCUUAUUUGUGGAUACCGCUGACCGCUUGGCCUCCUUAGCUAGAGAUGCCCUGGUCCAUGCCUGCCUGCCUAGUUUUGCUAUCCCAUAUGCCAUUGAUGUACUGACUACUGGCUCUUAUCCAAGGCUUUCAACCUGCAUCAGGGACAAAAUUAUUCCUCCAGACCCUAUUACCAAGAUUGAGAAACAAGCCGCACUUCAUCAGCUUAAUCAGAUUCUUAGACAUAGGCUUGUAACAGCAGAUCUUCCUCCACAGCUAGCAAAUCUUACAGUGGCGAAUGGCCGUGUGAAGUUUCGAGUUGAAAGAGAAUUUGAAGCAACCUUGACAGUGAUGGGUGAUGACCCAAAAGUCCCAUGGUGUCUUCUCAAGCUAGAAAUUCUAGUUGAGGAUAAGCAAACGGGAGAUGGGCGAGCUUUGGUUCAUAGCAUGCAAAUUGACUUUAUCCAUCAGCUAGUCCAGUCCAGGCUCUUUGCUGAUGAGAAACCUCUUCAGGACAUGUACAACUGCCUGCAUUUUUUCUGCUUAUCGCUUCAAUUAGAAGUAUUACAUUCCCAGACGCUAAUGUUAAUCAGAGAGAGGUGGGGAGACCUUGUACAGGUGGAAAGAUACCGUGCUGGAAAGUGCCUCUCGGUUUGGAGCCAACAGGUUCUAGGGAAAAAAACAGGCACAGCAUCUGUUCACAAAGUUACAAUUAAAAUCGAUGAGAAUGAUGUCUCCAAGCCUUUACAGAUUUUCCACGAUCCUCCUUUACCAGCUUCUGAUUCUAAAUUAGUAGAAAGAGCCAUGAAGAUUGACCACUUAUCAAUAGAAAAGCUCCUGAUUGACAGUGUACACUCACGAGCCCACCAGAAGCUGCAGGAACUGAAGGCCAUUCUUAGAAGCUUCAAUGCUAAUGAAAACUCUUCCAUAGAGACUGCACUUCCAGCUCUUAUUGUACCCAUCUUGGAGCCCUGUGGUAAUUCGGAGUGCCUGCACAUUUUUGUAGAUUUGCAUUCUGGAAUGUUCCAAUUGAUGCUUUAUGGACUUGACCAGGCCACUCUGGAGGACAUGGAAAAAUCGCUGAAUGAUGACAUGAAGCGGAUCAUCCCUUGGAUUCAACAACUUAAGUUUUGGCUGGGACAACAGCGUUGCAAACAAUCUAUAAAACAUCUGCCUGCAAUAACCACUGAAACGUUGCAGCUCGCCAACUAUUCAACACAUCCCAUUGGUAGGCUUUCUAAGAACAAGUUGUUUAUUAAACUUACUCGCCUUCCGCAGUACUACAUUGUUGUGGAAAUGCUUGAGGUUCCUAAUAAGCCCACCCAGCUAUCAUACAAGUAUUACUUUAUGUCUGUGAGUACUGCAGAUGGCGAGAACACACCUGUCAUGGCACUGCUGCUGCAGCAAUUCAAGGACAACAUCCAGGACUUGAUGUCCUAUACAAAGAUUGGAAAACAGACCAUAAUUGGUACCAAGCACAACUUAUCUGAUGACCCAUGUCCUGUAGAAUGCAAGAAAGCCAAACAAUCAGGAGAAAUGUGUGCCUUCAAUAAAGUUCUAGCUCACUUUGUCGCUAUGUGUGACACCAACAUGCCAUUUGUAGGACUUCGAUUGGAGUUGUCCAACCUGGAGAUACCACAUCAGGGAGUACAAGUGGAAGGUGACGGCUUCAGCUAUGCAAUUCGCUUACUAAAAAUUCCUCCCUGUAAGGGAAUAAGUGAGGAAACGCAGAAGGCUCUGGACUGCUCUCUUCUUGAUUGCACUUUCCGAUUACAAGGUAGAAAUAACCGCACAUGGGUGGCAGAGUUAGUGUUUGCAAAUUGUCCUCUUAAUGGCACUUCUAUCAGGGAGCAAGGACCAUCCAGACAUGUUUACCUGACAUAUGAAAAUCUGUUGUCUGAACCUGUUGGUGGUAGAAGAGUAGUUGAAAUGUUUCUUAAUGACUGGAGUAGCAUUUCCCGAUUAUAUGAGUGUGUGUUGGAAUUUGCACAUUCUCUACCAGAAAUACCUGCUCAUCUGAAUUUUUUCUCAGAAGUUUGUGUUUACAAUUAUCGAAAACUUAUCUUGUGUUAUGGAACCACCAGAGGAAGCUCAAUCAGUAUCCAGUGGAAUUCCAUUCAUCAGAAAUUUUACAUUUCUUUGGGAACAGUUGGCCCAAACUCAGGUUGCAGUAAUUGUCAUAUUACCAUUCUCCAUCACCUUCAAGAAAUGUUCAACAAAACACCAAAUGUGGUCCAGUUAUUACAGGUUUUGUUUGAUACUCAGGCACCAUUAAAUGCCAUCAACAAACUCCCUACUGUUCCAGUGCUGGGCUUGACUCAGAGAAGUAACACCGCCUACCAGUGUUUCUCCAUAUUACCACAUUCAUCCACCCACAUCAGAUUGGCCUUCAGGAACAUGUACUGCAUUGAUAUAUACUGCCUUAGUCACGGUGUCGUGGCAGUACGGGACGGUGCCUAUAGUCUUUGUGAUAACAGCAAGUUAGUUGAAGGCUUCUGUCCUGCACCAGGAUUAAAGACUUUCCUGAACAUGUUUGUUGAUGCUCAGAAAAGAGCUUUAAAGGAGGAUGAUUACCCUCCUUCUCCUAUAGGAGGAGAUAGGACGGACUCUUUAAUAUCACGACUCCAGCCACCUCAGCAACAGCCAUUUCCAAAGCAGCCAGGGAUAUCGGGCGCUUACCCUCUUACUUCAUCUCCUACAUCCUAUCGCAGCCCAGUUAAUCAGCCCCCCUCUAUGAUGCACACACAGCCUCCAGGAGCCCUUGACUCUAGUUCUCCAUACACUCUUAUGUCAUCAAGUGGAGGGUCUCCUCCAGUGUUUGUGUCCAGACUCUCACCAGCAACCCCUUUGCCUGGAAUGUCACCAGCUAACCCAUCUCUGCAUUCACCUGUCCCAGAUGUUUUUCAUUCCCCUCGAGCUGGCACAAGUUCCCAGACAAUGCCAACCAACAUGUCUCCACCUCGAAAACUACCUCAGCGCUCCUGUGCAGCAUCUGUACCCACCAUUCUCACUCACAGUGCCUUGAACAUCUUACUGCUACCUUCUCCAAUGCCAGGCCUUGUGCCUGGCCUGGCAGGUAGUUACCUUUGUUCCCCACUUGAGAGAUUCCUUGGGUCUGUCAUCAUGAGACGACACCUUCAAAGAAUUAUCCAACAGGAGACAUUGCAGCUGAUCAGUUCCAAUGAACCUGGUGUAAUCAUGUUCAAGACAGAUGCCCUGAAAUGCAGAGUAACCCUUAGUCCCCAAACCAACCAGACCCUUCAGCUAAAAGUGACACCUGAAAAUGUAGGACAGUGGAAACCUGAUGAGCUUCAAGUUUUGGAGAAAUUCUUUGAAACAAGAGUUGCAGGACCACCAUUUAAAGCCAACACACUUAUAGCCUUCACCAAGCUGUUGGGAGCGCCAUCACACAUCCUCCGGGACUGUGUGCAUAUAAUGCAGUUGGAGGUGUUCCCAGACCAAGCAACCCAGCUGAAAUGGAACGUUCAAUUUUGCCUCACCAUCCCUCCUAGUGCACCACCAAUUGCAGCUCCUGGGACACCAGCCGUGGUCCUGAAAUCCAAAAUGCUGUUUUUUCUUCAGCUAACCCAGAAAACAUCAGUCCCUCCCCAAGAACCUGUUAGUAUAAUAGUUCCAAUUAUUUAUGAUAUGGCUUCAGGUAUCACCCAGCAGGCAGACAUUCCCAGACAGCAGAACUCUUCUGUUGCUGCCCCAAUGAUGGUCAGCACCAUUCUGAAGAGGUUUGCAGAGAUGAACCCUCCACGGCAAGGUGAAUGUACAAUAUUUGCAGCUGUUUGUGAUUUAAUGGCACAUCUUACACUGCCCCCUGGUGGGUGUCCAUAGACCCAAUUGAUUUUAAACCAGGAAGGCUGACAAAUGAAACAAAACUACAGACACACACACACACACACACACACACACACACACACACACACACACGAGGGAGGGGGAGAGAAACAGAGGCAGAGAGAGAAGGUGAAUUCAGCAGUCCUAAAAAGGAAAAGGACCUUUGUUUUAUUUUUUAUUUUUAUUUUUUAAUCUUAAGAGCUAAAUGUUCUAAACAUUUAGCAACAUUGGCAACAUCUUCAGGGUGCACUUCAUCAAAAGAACAUCACUUUUUUUUGUUGUUGAUGUGUGUAUAAUGAUCUUGUAUAGUAUGUUUAAAUGUGACACAUUUCAAACUAGGUUAACAGAUCAGUGUCCAUGUGCCAGUAAUAGAGUUAAAUAUCUGCUUUAUUUUGUAAAGUAAUGAAAAUGCCAAACAUGUUACUUAAUUAUUUUCCUAUGUUUUGGGUGUAAUGGUCCAUGUUUAUUUUUUUUAAGAUGAUCUGUCAGUUUUGAAUAUUGUAAAACUGUGACAAACUUUAUAUUGAAGCUGUAUUUUAAUAUGGCCGCUUUGAAUACUUACUCAGAAAUGUUUUGGGGAGCUGUUAAACAUAUCAUGGAAAAGCAAUAUUUAAUAAAACUAUGAUAUAAAAGAGAGA